CAUAUCAAGAUGGCGCCCGUCAUCUUCGGCUUGCCCUUCAGCGAGUUUACAUGGUCGAAGUUCGGCAAUGCAAACAUGUGGAACAAAGUCUACCAUCUGAGAAGAACAAAGUUCAUCGUUUAUCAACUCGCCAUGAUCUUCUGUGUUGUAUCAGAAUCUCUCGGAACCGAUGCUCUCUCCAGAUAUGUUAGUCAGCAGAAGUACAUUCAAUCGCAUGGUGCUCCUGCCAACGAGUACAACAACGACUAUGUUGGUGUUGCUUCUUACAACAUUUUUGCUGGCAUCUACGUCGCCACCAUCUUUGGUGGUGCUUUCUUCUUCGACUUGAUCUGGCCCGAGAGACAUGAGGAUCACGGUGUCAGACUUGGCUGGAAGCUUUCGGCCAUUGCUGGUAUCUUCAUCCACCUUGCCAGUUGUAUCGCCAUGACCGUCAUUGUCGCUACUCACAGCGCAUACGUGACCGGUGUGAGCACAGCGGAAGGAAACAGACUCGUUACGGAGAACGGCAAGAUUGUUCUCGAUUACAAGCACAGCGCCCGUAUCGUCACUUCAGUCGUGUUUGGUUGGAUCGGCUGGAUCUUCGUUAUCGCUAGCACCGUCAUCCUUGUCGUCGGCAAGAAUCACGAUGAGAAGAUGGGUCCCUGGAGCACUCAUGUUCGCGAGGCCAAGAAGAACAACAUCGAUGUUGAGUCAAACUUUGUCAAUGGCCAGCCCUCGGAGAAGCCCUUGACCAACCCCCUGACUGGCGAGCAACCCGAGACCCUCGCCCCCAACCACCCCCAGCCUGCUCACAUCCACGAGCCUAUUCGUACUCAGGAGCCCGCAAUGGAGAUGCAGAGCAACCACCACAGCUUUGACUCCAGCGCACCUGCUGUCAACCCUGCUCACGUCUAA